AUGAACUCCUUUGCUGCUGUUAAGAUCGCGAAGUGCCAUUUUUUGGCCUGGCAUGCAGCCCAAUACACUGAAGUUGGCAACCAGGUAAAAUUGGAAAUUAAAUACUCCCAGGAAAGUAUAACUGAUCCGAUGCAAAUCAAUGGUUCCACCGUGACUAUCGGUGCCCCUAACGGCUUCAAGUGGGUCGUGCCAGUAAACUGCCUCCGGGAGAGCAAAAUGUUUCAUAGAUCCGAAUUAGGUGCGGAGGCUUCAUGGUAUAAUCAGGACUACGGGGACUGUCCACACCUGGUCAUAAACCUCCAGGUAUGGUGUCAAGGAAACCUGAGCGUCAAAAUGUCCCCCGAGCUUGGAGGAAAGUGGUGGAUAGGAGGCCCUGACGGAUUUAAAAAAGAGUUUACUAUCAUAUCUGUCUUGCAACCUUUUGUUUCCAAAAUAGGCCCUUAUGUAGUCAAGCAAAAUCACAUCCAAGAGCUGUUGACUGGGCCUGUCCGAUCACUGAAGAAGGUGGUGUUGUCCCUGUCCACCGUUAACAUCUCAUCCGUCAGACCACACUGUACCCCCUUCCUAUCCACCCUCAACACUGGCUGGCAGGCAUGGCUCCACAGCCGCUCCAUCCAGGGGACCCGGGCCAGAAGAGACCUGCUGGCCACGGCACUGGGAGGAGGAGGCGCCGGGCUGGGGGUCCUCAACAGCAUGAAUGUUGAGGUCUUGGCCAACAAGUUGGAGGCUGUCACCUCAGGCGUGCAGGGCCUCCUCAACCCCCUAAAUUCAUCCCUGGCCAGCCUUGGGAUGGGGCAGUGGCUCGUGUCGGAGGUGUUGCCCACCUGGGAACAAAUAAGUGAGAAAGACCAUCAGGUGCUGUUGCGAGCACUGGGCAUCGAACAAAGUAACGUCUCUCUUGCUCUUAGUUGCAUCCAGGCCCAGAUGUGGGUGCAGAGUGUUGUUGCAGGUAUCCUGAGAGAUGGCGACAACGGCAUCCUCCCCACUGAGAUCCGAAAGAUCGUGUGGGAUGCGGCCACAGAGAAGGAGCGGCAGCUCCAAGCCUGGUGGAGGCUUGUCAACUUCACCCACGACCAGGUCCUCAACGCAGUCAUCGCCCACGUCCUGACUGUGGCAGAGGCUCGCAUCGAAAAGGUCUACCCCAUCGUGGCGCUGGGCGUUAACACAAAUGGGUCUGUGGUCUACCCCUUGGACCACCGCAUGUGGGCGAGGGUGUCUCAUGGGAAAUGGCAAUCGGUAGAUUUGGAAGCCUGCAUUUUGGAAAGGGGGCUGGGAUUCAUAUGCGAAGAUGAUGCCCUUAAGGCAAGCGAUGUUUGCUUUGACACCAAAGAAGGGGUGUGUCAUUUUGAGAUCAACCCCCAGAGCAGCAAUAAAACCGUGUUAGUGUACGUAGGGAAAGGGUGCGUGUGUUUUAGAACGAGGUGUAAACACGUGCAAAUUAAUGAAUUUUAUAAUCAGACUGUGUUUAAUGAUUCAAAUAUGUGUGCUUGCAAUGUAGCUACUAUUAGAGGCUGUGAUUUUGUGUAUAAACCACCCGUGUUUACUAGGCAGUUGCUAAUCAGAAACUAUACCUUGUAUCGUAGUAUAACCCCGACCCCCAUUGGUAUGGAUUUGUCACUUGUAAAAGAAAUGUUAGAGCAUGCGGAUUUACAGCAGCUGUUAGAAAAUGCCAAGACAGAAGCUAAAAAGAUCCUAAUAACUGUACAUCAUGAUGGCAAUGUUAUAAAACAGGUAAUGGAACGAAUUAAGAGGGUGGGAGAACACCACUGGUGGGAAAUUUUCUUUGGCUGGUCCCCCACGGCCACCGGCAUCUUCAACAUGCUGCUGCACCCCAUUGUAGUUAUAGUGCUAAUGCAAAUCUGCGUGUGCUUUGCCAUGGUAGCAACUUGUUACUGGAUCAGGCAGGUAAAGCUCCACAUUGACAAUCAGGAGAAAGGACAGCGGCUGGCCAAGAAACUCCUACCAUAGUCAAGGGCAAGACUGGGUUGGCCUCUGUGUUUGCCACCAAGAAGAACUUUUAGCUCCGCUGUUGGCUGCAACCCAGUAGGCGUUGAGCGGUGGGGACACAUGCCAUACCAGACCUUGAUGUGAGGGAUGGCCUUCUCUGUUAGAAGAGGGCCAUCCGGGAGGAGAGGGCAGGCCAAGCAGCCUGCGCUUGGCAUGAAUCACAGAAUGGUUGAAGUUGGAAGGGACCUCUUGAGAUCAUCUAGUCCAACCCCACCUGCUUAAGCAGGGUCACCUAGAGCAGAUUGCCCAGGACUGUCUCCAGUUGGGCUUCGACGAUCUCCACAGAUGGAGACUCCACAACCUCUCUGGGCAAACCUGUUCCAGUAUUUGAUCACCCGCAUAGUAAAAAAGCAAGAGUUAGCAUAAGUAAGUUUUCUUUGAACCUCCCACCCCCAAAUGCUAAUGUGAAGAAGUUGCUCCUGUGUGAUUUAAGACUCCUUAAGCAGAGGUGAAGGGGCUAAGGAAAGCCAAGGACAAUGUCUUUGGAAGGAAAGAGAAGGGAACGUUAACGCCUGAGCAAGGAAAAGCACCCACUGAAGAUGGCAGAGGUGUUACCAGCCUCAAAGACUUGGAAAGACGAUAAAAGAUGAGCAGAAUGAAAAACCUGUAAUCACCUUGGACUUAAAGGAGCUGAAUCCACAUGGACCUUUGCAGCAGCUAUCUCUGGGUUCCCAAGACUCCCAGGACGCCUGGCCAACGGACUGGUGAGAUCUUGUUUUCAGAACCUGGACAUCACUGCUUUGCUUUGCCUAGUUGUGCAUAUACUCAAUAAAAUUUUUCUGUUAG